AGUUGCACCGCAGCAUCUUAUACUAAUGCACCCAAACUGGCAACUUCGCUAACGCCGUUUGACCGGUAUACUAUACGGUCAGCACUCGAAGUUGGCACAUUCCGUGGCCAGCCGAUUAUAACCCGCCAGCACGUCGGCUUUGUCGACAAUCAAGGUGUACCUAUGGCAGUUCUAGGAUAUCAUUCACUGUUCCACAAAAGAAUAUCUUCUAAUUCCACGCGCCUAAGAUAG